UCCAUACAAUUACUCCUAUUCUAUUUAAGCCAUUCAUACUCCUCUCUAAUAUUCAAGAAUCCCAACUGGUACAUAUAUUUAUCUGGAGAGAAAAGCUGUUCUCAAGAAGGUGUAUUUGAUAUAUUCCAAGUUUAAGAAAGCACACAAUAUUGUUGCAUGGUGAAAACUGAUACGUAAUUACCAUCCUUUUGCGCACAACAUACAUGUUAUUGUUGCACGGUGAAGAAAAAUAAAUUUAGAAAGGUGGAACAGAGAAUUCUUGGUAUAACGCAAGUAUGAAUGAAGUUUAUUUUCCUUACUUUGAUCCUGACUUUGAUAAGCUCCCGGAGAGGAUAAAUGGCCCCACUUGCAGAGUUUGCAUUGACAAUGAAAGCAUGGAUGAUUGCACAGUAGUAAAGGUUGAUAGCGUGAACAAGCAGGGACUCCUCCUAGAAGUGGUGCAGGUGUUGACAGACCUCAAUCUUAUAAUCUCAAAGAGCUACAUUUCUUCUGAUGCAGUGUGGUUCAUGGAUGUUUUUCAUGUUAAAGAUGAGCAUGGCAACAAACUCACGGACCAGAAAGUCAUUAACUAUAUCAAGCAGGCCAUAGGUACAACAAGGGAAACCCAUAAUUCGGCCAAGGCAAAGACCUAUGCAAAUAUGGUAUUCAGUCCUGAACCCAAUAACAAUAAUGAGCACACAGUCAUCGAAAUGAGCGGAACAGAUAGGCCUGGUUUAUUUUCCGAGCUAUCAGCUGCCUUAGCAGACCUCCAUUGCAACGUCGUGGAAGCUCAUGCAUGGAGUCAUAAUGAUCGCUUGGCUUGUGUUGCCUACAUUUCAGAUCAAUCCACUCACACCCCAAUUGAAGAUCCCAAUCGCCUUGCAAGUAUUGAAGAUCACCUCACUACAGUCCUUCGAGCCACAAUAACCCCAACCCCUACUACGAACCAGCCCAACCAACAAGAAGCUAAGACUGCAGAUUUUCUUGGAGGAGAAGGCGCCGUGACGAAUGUCGAACGCCGCUUGCAUCAGCUCAUGCACUCGGUUAGGGACUUCGAGGGGCCGCCAUCUAGGACCGCGAGCUUGCCAACGACACCAUCAGAUUCGGAAAGUGAUGAGGAGGCCGGGAUGAGGACAACGGUGAAGAUUGAGAGUUGUGACGAAAAGGGUUACUCCAUUGUGAACAUAAAUUGCAAGGAUCGACCAAGACUCAUGUUUGAUACAGUGUGCACGCUUACUGACAUGCAGUACGUGAUUUUCCAUGCUUCAAUAAAUUCAGAUGGAGGUUAUGCCUUCCAGGAGUAUUUUAUCCGACACUUAGAUGGGUGUGCCAUGAGUACAGAGUGCGAGAAAGAACGAGUAAUAAAAUGCUUAGAAGCCGCCAUAGAGCGCCGGGUUUGUGAGGGAGUUCGGUUAGAAUUGUGUGCAGACAAUAGGGUAGGCUUGCUCUCUGAUAUAACUCGGGUUCUUCGAGAGAAUGGUCUAACCGUUGUCCGAGCAGAUGUAGAAACGCAGGGAGAGAAGGCCAUAAAUGCUUUCUAUGUGAGGGACAUGUCAGGGAAUAAGGUAGACAUGGAGUUCAUAGAGUCGAUGAAGAAAGAGAUGGGUCCAAUAGCCCUUCAAGUCAAGAAUGACACAAUAAGACCAAGCUCGCCUGAAAGAUCUCGUUUCUCUUUUUCACACAUGUUAAAAGCGAAGUUCUCUAAUAACUUUAUUACUAUCAAGUAAUCCAUGUAAAUAUAGCUAAUUCCUAGCAAGGCCAUUCUACAUAUGGAAUUUGCUUUUAGGGUUGUAAAUAGCUAUGAUUUAAUUAAAAAAAUGCAGUUGUGCAGAUGCCAGUCGUUAGACUAAGAAUUAUGUGGAAUGGACUGUAUAUUAAUAAACAUAUAUUGUACAAAAAUUAUUAGAUAUUUUUGGAAUAUAACUACAUUAUACUUUCUCAUUUCA